AUGAAAACAGCAUUUGGCCACAGGAAGAUGAAGAGAAAGAAUCAAAUCUUGCUCUUGUUUGCAGCCUACUUUAGCCUUAUCAGCAAACUAUGUGAGCAAGCUGAAUUGAGCAGGAACCAAAAUGGUGUUAGCCUGGUGGACGAGGUUCAUGUUGGAGUUAUCCUUGAUAUGGGAACAAGGGAGGGGAAGACUAUCUACAGCUCCAUUUCCAUGGCGAUUUCUGAUUUUUAUAGCUUACAUUCGGACUAUGAAGUGAGGAUAGUUCUCCACAUGAAAGACUCUAAAGGGGACCCUUUGCUUGCUUUAUUUGCCGCUUUUAACCUCUUGGAAAAUGCCAAAGUUGGAGUCAUCCUCAGCGCCCAAACAUCAAUUUUGGAAGCAAAUUUUUUGGCUGAAUUAGGAGAUAAGACCAAAAUUCCAGUAAUCUCAUUUUCUACGGCCUUUGGCUCAUCUCCAUCCCUCAACAAUUACCCAUACUUCAUUCAGAUUGCACAAGAUGAAACUGCCGAAGUUAAAGGAAUUGUUUCUUUUAUAGAAUUACAUAAUUGGGAAAAUGUUAUCCUUAUCUAUGAGGAUAAUGACAACUGGAGUGAUUUCUUUGAACAUACAAAAAACCACAUUGCAUAUAAAAGCGGAGUGGCUAGAUCAUCUAAAGAUGAUCAAAUCAUUAAAGAACUUCACAUGCUCAAAGCAAUGCAAACUACGGUGUUUGUUGUGCAUGUGUCACAUGUCUUGGCAUCUCGUCUUUUCUUAAAUGCGAAAAGGUUGGGAAUGAUUAGCCAAGGGUAUGCGUGGAUUGUGACUUCAAAGAGCAUGAAUCACUUGCAGAAGACAGAUUCAUCCAUCUUUGAAUCGAUGCAAGGAGUCCUUGGUUGCAGGUCUUAUAUUACAGAAUCAGAACAGCUCCAAAAUUUCACUUCAAGAAUGAGAAAAGAAGUCUAUAAUAAGGAGCUUGAUAUGCUAGAAAGGAUGCACAUAAAUUUAUAUGGUUUAUGGGCUUACGAUGUUGCUUGGAGUCUUGCAAAAACAGCUAAUAGCACGGUUCUUAAAGUUCCUGAUCAAACCAGCGAUCCAGAUGCUAGAUUGAACUUGAUGGAUUUUGACAACUUCAGAACAAAUAUUCAAGGUUGGAUACUUCUGCAAGAGAUAUUCGAAAACAAAUUUAAAGGUUUAAGUGAAGAAUUUCAAUUCAUUAAUGGAAAGCUAAUCUCAAGAACAUUUGAAAUAGUUAAUGUGAUGGGUGAAGGGGAAAGAAGAGUUUGGUUUUGGACUUCCGCAGGCAAAAUCACCAAGAAAUUACACGGAAGCCGAAGGCAUCUGUCUUCCAUCAAAGACCUUGAAACGAUAAUCAGGCCUGGUGGGACUUCAACCAUUCCCAAAGGUCGGAUGAUGCAAAUGAGUGGCAACAUCCUAAGGAUUGGUGUUCCAAUAAAAUGGGGGUUUACGCAAUUGGUGAAAGUGGAUCGUGAACUUCAGACCAAUGCUACGAUUGCCACUGGUUUCUGCAUAGAUGUUUUCAAAGCUGUAUUGGCGCGUUUGAAGUACGACGUGCAAUAUCAGUUUAUCCCCUUCGUGGUGGGUUAUGAACAGAUUAAUGAGGCAUACAAUGAUAUUGUUUACCAGAUUGAACGUCCUACACCUGUUGAACAAGGCCCCCAAUCUCAUUGCCGAGUUGGAAGGAUAUUUUGGGGAAAAAUUAUCAAGCCAUUUGUCAAGAUCCAUGGUUCUCUUGUGGGUGUUUGUAAUGUUCAUAUUGAGUUCCAGUUACACAGCCACUUUGACAUCAAUGAUGACGGUCCAACAGAUUGA